GAUAAAAUCGCUAUUGGUUCAAGAAUGUAUGAAAUGACUGAAUUGUCUAUCAGAACGUAACCAAGUGCAUCUUAUUUGGGAGUCAGGUCACAAAGGUAUAGCCAGGAAUGAACUGGCUGAUGAGCUUGCCCGCCCUGCAGCAUCCACCAACAUGGUAUGACCGGAACCUUUCAUUGCGGUUGGUUCCCACACGAUAAAGAAGCUGCUACGCAAUGGUGAAGCAGUCAGUAGGAAGAGGCAUUGGCAAUAACUCCCAGGUGGACAUCCAAGAAAUCAACGUUACGGAGGAGUCAUCCGAGAUAUUAACGGUGGCACAACUGCAACAGGAGAUGAAGCAGUUACGCGAAAUGAUGGGACAGCUACUACAAGCACAAAAUAACGGCACUGGUACAGCCAGUACGCAAGAGGUACAAACGGUACAAAACGCAGCUAGCAACGAUAGCGCAGUUGCAGUCAACGGCGGCGCAGGCGUUCAAAGUCGCGCCACUGACGCUAUUUCAACGAACGACGACAGCACAGUGGCAACUAACAACAACGUUACCACACGCAAUCAAAGCAACGGAAUUAUUUCUGCGAACGGGAAUAUUUCAACGAACGGGAAUAUGCGACACGCGUCAGUAAAAGAAAUUGCAAAUACCCUGCCGGAAUUUGAUCCAACGAAUAACGCAAGCAUUACGGUAGAGCAAUUUAUUGACAGAGUCGAUCGAGUAGUUGAAGCAUAUAGAUGGGACGAGAAAUUUUUAUUGUUGGCUAUUUAUACACGACUAAGAGGAGUUGCACGUAUGUGGUUGGAUGCCUCACCCACAUUACACACAACUUGGGAAAAUUUUGCUAAUGCGUUACGACACGAUUUUGGUUCAGACCGAGACGAAGCGGAAAUUCAUUUCGUGAUGGCUAAUGCAACGAGGAAGCCAAAAGAAAUCAUAAAAGAAUAUUGUUUUCGAGUGGCGGCACUAGGUAUACGUUACAAACUGAGUGAGGCAGCCAUUAUACGCUAUGCAAGAGUUGGAUUGAAGCAUAGAGAACUCCAACAAAGCAUUUCAGCAGUGAAGUUUACAACAAUGAAACAGGGGCUAAGAGAGCUAAGUGAGGGCUAA